CGCAGCACCAGGAUCCAGUGACUGCGACUCCACAGAGAUUAGCAACAACAGACUGUUGCUUUUACGGGUGAUUUUUUUUGGGAGAAUAAAUUGAAGAGUAAUACUUGACGUUAUUAAUCUACUUGACCGUUUCUAUUUUACACGAUGAGUACGAGUCUUCUCUAAAACUGACAGCGGAGGGAAAUGACAUGUCAGCGGCUGAACUUACCGAGACUGUAACGUCCGCGCUGAAGGAGACGGAGUGAACAGCAGCACAACUUUAUUACUGUUUCCUCGAUAACAAAGGGGGACGCUUUUCUGCGUUUUUUUAGUGCCAUUAUUCGACGCCAUAGUGCCGUCAAAGGACCCGAAAAGAUUUAAAAUGGAAGACGUCCACGGUGUUUGCAUUGUAAAAGGACAUGGAGCCAGGAGAAGGACCGUCUGAGCAGCAGUGAUUAACUUAUCAGGAUCCUCAUCAAGUCACCGCCACCAGAUUGGAUCAACUAAAUGUAAAGGAUCGUUUGGUGUAAAGCUACCAUGGAUAUCUUCCCCCGGCCAAGCGGUGAAAUCCAGAGGAGAAACCCUCAGCAUGACUUUGAGCUCAUUCAGAGAGUGGGAAGUGGCACAUAUGGGGACGUGUACAAGGCUCGAAACAUACAAACAGGGGAGCUUGCUGCUGUGAAGAUCAUUAAGUUGGAACCAGGGGAUGACUUUUCCAUCAUACAGCAGGAAAUCUUCAUGGUGAAGGAAUGCAUGCACCACAAUAUUGUGGCCUACUUUGGGAGCUACCUCUGUCGAGAGAAGCUUUGGAUCUGUAUGGAGUACUGUGGCGGAGGAUCUCUGCAGGACAUUUAUCAUGUGACGGGGCCUCUCUCAGAGCUUCAGAUAGCAUAUGUCUGCAGAGAGACCUUACAGGGUUUGGGAUAUCUGCACACCAAGGGCAAGAUGCAUCGUGACAUCAAGGGUGCCAACAUACUUCUUACAGACAACGGAGAUGUUAAGUUAGCUGACUUUGGAGUUGCAGCCAAAAUAACAGCCACCAUUGCCAAAAGGAAGUCCUUCAUUGGAACACCUUAUUGGAUGGCUCCAGAAGUAGCAGCAGUGGAGAAGAACGGUGGCUACAACCAGCUGUGUGAUAUCUGGGCUGUUGGCAUCACAUCGAUAGAGCUGGCCGAGCUCCAGCCUCCCAUGUUUGACCUCCACCCGAUGAGGGCCUUGUUUUUGAUGUCUAAGAGCAGCUUCCAGCCUCCGAAGCUAAAAGACAAAAACAAAUGGUCCACUGCCUUCCAUAACUUUGUCAAAGUGUCUCUGACAAAGAACCCAAAGAAGAGGCCGACUGCAGAAAAACUUCUAUCGCAUGUGUAUGUGGCCCAGACGGGUUUGACAAGGAGGCUCGCUAUGGACCUCCUCGAUAAGAUGAACAACCCGGACAACCACCAGCAUUACAGUGAGGUGGAUGAUGAUGACCUUGAGCCCCUCUCUGCAGUCAGACACACCAUCCGUUCCACCAACAAACAUGCCAGAGCUGAGAGGACACGCUCAGAGAUAAACUCAAACAAUGGGACAGACCAAGGAGGGCCAUGCUCAAGUCCUAGCUUCACUGAGAAGCACAGGGGGGACGCAGUUGACCUCGUCCCCUGCUUGGAUGUCGACAAGGUCCAGUUUGAACCACCACUCCGGAAGGAAACUGAGGCUCAUUCUGAAAUGGAUGUGAGUAAAGAUAAUGACUUCCCUUCACCCUGGAGUCCCUUUACAGAGGGAGGAAUAACAACCAGGGGACACAUCGCCCACCUCGAAGAUGCCUUUGAAGAAGUAGAGCUGUCAACCCUCAAGCCAGGGGUUCCUCCUCCUCUGCCCCCAAAGCCACGAUUGAACAGCUCGUCAGAGGAGCUUGGCCUUAACGACGAGAGGUCGCUGACGGUUCGGAGGUUUCCAAACUCUGAGAACGGACCGAGCCAGGUGGCUCGCAGACAGAGCACACCUGAGCACCUGGGCAACAAGGCGGAGCACUCGUCUCCAGAUUUCCUCUCUGUCAGCGUCAGCAGCCCUGGCCUUUUGUCUCACGCCUCGGAUCCUGAUAAUGAUUCGGAUGACUGUGUGAAUGGAGGCAGUCCCAAGGCGCCACCCAACCGUCAGCACCGGAGGAAGGAGAAGAAGGAAUUCCCUAAACCAGCCAUCAACGGUCUACCACCCACUCCUAAAGUACUGAUGGGAGCCUGUUUCUCUAAAGUGUUUGAUGGCUGUCCACUGAAGAUCAACUGUGCCACAUCAUGGAUUCAUCCAGACACCAAAGAUCAGUACCUAAUCUUUGGGACGGAGGAUGGCAUUUAUACGCUGAAUCUUAAUGAGCUGCAUGAAGCCACAAUGGAGCAGCUGUUCCCGAGGAAGUGUACAUGGCUGUACGUUAUCAACAACAACCUGAUGUCUUUAUCUGAAGGGAAAACCUUCCAGCUGUAUUCCCACAAUCUCAUCGGGCUGUUUGAGCAGCUGAAGAAGCCCGGCCUGGCUGCUCAGUUCCAGACUCACCGCUUCCCAGACAAAAUCUUACCCAGGAGGUUUGCCCUGACAACUAAGAUCCCCGACACAAAGGGCUGUCACAAGUGCUGCAUUGUGAGAAAUCCAUAUACAGGCCACAAGUACCUGUGUGGAGCGCUGCAGUCCGGGAUUGUCCUGCUGCAGUGGUAUGAGCCCAUGCAGAGGUUUAUGCUCAUCAAGCACUUUGACUUCCCUCUUCCCAGUCCACUGAAGGUGUUUGAGAUGCUCGUGGUCCCGGAGCAGGAGUAUCCUCUGGUGUGUGUGGCCAUCAGCCAGGGCACCGAGCCGAGCCAGGUGGUCCGCUUUGAGACCAUCAACCUCAACUCCUGCUCCUCCUGGUUCACAGAAAUGGGAACAACUCAUAAUCAGGUUGAUGCGAUCCAUGUCACCCAGCUGGAGAGAGACACAGUGUUGGUGUGUUUAGACCAAAAUUUGAAGAUCGUUAAUCUUCAAGGCCGACUGAAGUCCAACAAGAAGCUGGCAUCUGAGCUCAGCUUCGACUUCUGCAUCGGAUCUGUUGUGUGCCUUCAGGACAGCGUCCUGGCCUUCUGGAAACACGGCAUGCAGGGAAAGAGCUUCAAGUCUAAUGAGGUGACCCAGGAGAUUUGUGAUCCGAGCAGAGUCUUCCGCCUCCUUGGAUCUGACAGGGUGGUGGUUUUGGAGAGCCGACCCACGGACAACCCCACGGCCCUGAGCAACCUCUACAUCUUAGCAGGUCAUGAGAACAGUUACUGAGCCAGAGAAAGCGGAUAACACGCCUCAGUGUUUGGGAGGAAACUCCAGACUGUCACCCGCAGAGGAAAACGCCUGGUAUAAAACAGUUAUUGGGAGCUUUUGUUACUGAUCUCGGGAUGGACAGGUCAGUGAGACGAGGAGCCUCCUCAGUCUGGAUUCAUGCGUAGCCUUACACCAGCUCACUGUAGCGCCGCUCUACACGGAAAACCGUUAACAGCAGAAAGCCGAGAAACGAUAAAAUCUCAGAUGUUGUUACUUAGUAUUUUCUCACUUCUCUGUACUGUGGACUGAGUUACACGUUAUCUAGAGGUAUUAUUGACAAAAAAGUGCCAUUAAAAAUUCACAAGAAUUUGUGAUUGUAUUAGCGAAAACGGUGGGAGAUUUAUUGUGUUAUCGUCUGUAACAUGUCGCUCAUAAUCACUGCCAGCGGCAAACGUUAGUCGGCUUGAGAGGAGAUUUGUAGUCAACUAAUAGCUCAGAUUAAACAGAAACCUACGAGCAUUGUGGGUUAUUUAAGCAAUAUUUAUUAACCUCCUGUUAGGGUAUGUUUGAUUUACAGACCAUGUUAACAGACAGUGACCGUACAGUCCUGCUGUGUGAGGAUUAACUACCUAGUGAACAGCUCCUGAGCAGCUUUGGGUUAUUUUUACUGCUAUGUAAUAUAGUCGCCUCUCUCCUGCUCUGCUGCGUUUUUAGAAGUUGGAUAUAAUGUAUAUUUUUUUUCUCUUUACCUUCAUCUUUUAUAGACCUUUUACUUCUCAUUAUUUGCACCAUGUAAGCACUUUUGUACAUUUUUUUUAAUUUAAAAUAAAAUGACAAAAUGAGGGACAAUGCUAGGUUUUUUGUUAACAUCUUUGCAUUCCCUUCGCAAAAUGUUUAAUGUAUGCGGUUUUUUGUAAUAAAAAAAAGCUGUUAACAAGA